AUGCUUCAGGGUGUUUUUUAAAGCAAAUAUCUAUCUAAAUACAUUCUAUAAAUUAGAAUGUAUUUAUAGAAAAAUAAUACAAUUAACAUGUAGUGGUAGAACGCAGCAGCAGCAUUGCAACAAUAAGACCAUCAUAUAAAGAUAAUAUCGAAUAUCAAAUUAUGUUAGUAACAUUCAGACGGUAAAUUUUAAAUGUUUUUUUCGGAAAUAUCAAAACAUUGAUAACUGACUAGUAUCAGCCUCCAAUGAACACUACAAUCAGUUUGUAACACCUGUUAUGACCCAGUUGUAAUCAUGACAACAUGUAUUUAAGAAGAAAGCUCACGUCUUUCCUUAGUGUGUUGUCAGAUAUUUUUGGAUAUUGAAGCAACAUCCAUUUAUCAAUUUAUGCCCACUCUCUAAGUGCUUAUGAAGCAGGGAAUUGGAGAGCGCUGCCUUUGUGCUCCCUUUUACAUCUGUGCGAGAUGAUUCCAUAGACAGAAAUGAAAGGCAAAUUAUUGCCUGUAAGGUAGGAGAGCGACUCAACAUAUUGUACUCCACUCUGGUUUGACAAAAUAAUAGAAACAAAAUCACCAGGUAAAGAUGAAUGAAGUUGUGACCCCUGGUGGUUAGAUUUAAGUACUGCAUUGCAUACUGUGGUUAAACCGUGUACCCGAGGAUCACAUUAUUGGCCAAAGUAAAUGGGUUUCACUUAGUGUCAAUUUAAUUCCCUUGUGUAGAACACUUACCAAAUUAAAUAUUGGCUGAACAAGAUUGUAGACCUACACGCGCAACUUCAUCUUCCUACACUAAUCAAAUAUGCUGCUUCCUCCUCCACUCCGCCAGGUGGCGCUGUGCGCAUGCGCGGACCAGUUGUUGACCAAUCACUGGCGCUUAGCAGUUUGAACAUUAAGCGGGUGCAGCGGAUUUGGAUUGCUGCGGAAUAACGAUAAAGAAAAUACAAAAAGGCAAUAAAAUAACGGAAUUAAUCAUGGGAAUAGGUCAGACAUCUAAUACUCGUGUUUGUCCGAUCAGUGUUGUUAUUUUUAGGGUGUUGGUAUAGUCGAGCUGCCUGGCUAAACUCGACCUUUUUAACUUUGCUCGUUAGCUGUGUCUCGAUAGCUAAACGCCCCGUGAUGCACAUUCAUAUCUUUUUGGAUUCUUAGCACAUCUUAAUGUGUACUUUGAGCCAUGAAGCCCUUAAAGCCUUUAUUCAUGAAGACCUACGGUAAGGAGAGUCGAAAGGAGUCCGCCUGGAUCCUCCUGGAAAACCGCAAGAAGGCCUUCGACAGCUCGCGCUCAACCGACGGUGACAGCUCCGUCUUUGAGGCCGCACAACCUCCCACCAAAAGAGAGAGGAGGACCAGAGCUGCUGGUCCUGAAACGAUGCGCCCUGCCAAGAAGAAGGCCAUGCAAUGUCUGGCUGAGAAGAGCUGCGCCCAGGAGAAUGCCCCCUCUCCUCGCCGGCACAGCAGGUCCACCAGAGUGAAGAAAAUGAGCGUCGCCAGUGGUCGGGCAGUGCGUCCCGCCAAACUAAAAGCUCUUUCGUGUCUGAAAGAUGCCAACCGGGACGAGGGGAACAUCAGCAGUGGUCAUCUUCCUUCCGCAGGCCGCUUCGUAACGCACCGCAGACGUGCCACUACCGCCAAACCCCCGAAAUCUUUGUUCGCCACACUCAACUCUUCAGAUGAGUUUACAGCCAGAGCCGUUGGCCCCAGGAGAAUCCUGCGGCCCACUAGGAGGAGGGCCCCCCCGCCCCUUUUGGCGUUGAGUUCGGAGAGUGCAGCCGGCUUUGACACCGGCCCCUUAGCGGAGAUUUCCCUGAAUGAGUUGGCCGACCACAGCUUGGGACCCAGCCCCAGGAAACCCGCCUUUUGCUCCACCCCCUCGGCGGGCUCCAUCAGCAUACGGCCACGCCUUAAACCCCCGUCCUACAACGACCAAUCCCUCAGCCCUCUGUCCGUGCCCGUGAGUUGCAUCGGCGUCUCGGGCACGUUCCACGAGGAUGCGGAUAUGUCAGGGCACCUUCCUGCACUACCUGUCACACCUCGCUCCGAGGAGAAGCUGCCGCCGAGCCUCGGCGAGCGCGAGCCGGAGCCGCGAGGCAGCCAGGGAUCCUCCGGUGAUCCGUUCCUGGAGCCCGGGAGCCCAAAAGAGAGCGGCCAAUGCAGCGUGGGAAACGCAACGACCAAGAACACAGCGGGGUCCGUGAGCCUGAGUCCCUUGGCGGACGGCAGCUAUGGCAGCAUUCGCUUGGCGUUGUUCAUAGAGGCCCUUAAGGAGCAGUGUGUGACCGAGCGCUGCACGGUGCCGCUGGAACGGUUGGACUGCGGCGCGGCUUUGCUGCUACGGCGCCAGACAUCCUACUACUCCUGUUUGGACCUCUCCGGCGGGGCCGACAGCAUCGAGCAGCCGCCCGUGAGCCGCGUGAGUAGUUCAGAGCUCAGAGACAUUCGGAGCGCCGGCACCUCGCCCUCAGGCGCCCAGCCGAGCACACAGGAGACCCUGGAGCAGUCGGCAUCGGUUGUUUAUGUUGGAUCUAGCCACCGCAACGGCUGGGGCACGGAUUUUGCCGUGGGCGAGCCCAUGAGCUGCGACUCCGCGCUGACGCCCCCUGCUGGACCGGUGAACGGCGAGCGCUUGUCUGAGACAGCGCAGCUACAAAACACAGGUUUAUCCCACGCAAACAUGUCCGAAAAUGGCCCGGAAGACGUCAUACUUCUGGGAGAAGUCACGGAGAGGAGGAGAACCAGAGGCCUGCGGCCGAAGACGGCGUCCGGCCCCCCGGAGACGGCAGGAGAGGCGGCGGCGCUCGCCAUGACGCUGAAGGAGAAAUGUCUGACCGCCAAAGCCCUUGUUGAGGUGAAGAGACUAAGUCCGUCAUGGCGGAACAAUAUUGAGGCGCUCGAACGCCCCGAGAGCCGCCACGCAGAAACGCCCGUCGGCGUGGAGAAGAGACUCCCAACGAGCUCCGGAGACGAGAUCAGAGGAGGAGAAGCAGCUCAGGGAUCCAGAGACAUUCCCAAGAGAGGGAAAAAAAAGAGGCAGUCGUCUGCUAAAGAAAAGAAGGCGAGAAGGACCACGUCGGCGGACCGUCCCGGGACGACCCGGAAGGCGUGUGUGAGCGGCCUGAGCGUCAGCCGCUGGAAGAACAACGCAAGCGUCAUCAGCAGCAGGGCGGCAGACUGCAGCCUCAACCACCUCGUCUCCACCCAAGGACACAACCCGGAGUGGCUGGGGGGCGCCGUGGGGUUCUCCACCCCCGGGAAGGCCAGCCGCCUCAACCUGUCGUCCCUGCUGGCCGACCUGACCCCCCACACACACACCUGGAGUCGCCUGAAGGCCGCCCUGUCGGUCCACCGCAGGAACAAGGUGCUGCGCACUCCGUGCAGCUUGCGGCCGGGUGCGAUGGGCGAGUUCGCCGACGUCAGCGGGGACCUCUUUGCCACACCCUUUCGAACGCCGCGCCGCCCCCACCUGCAGCCACAGCUGCUGGGCAGCGAUUCCCCAGCUGCGUGUGAGGACGCCGACCUGUCGGACGCAGAGAAGGUGUGUGCCGAGUGCGGCCAGCCCCGCCCACUGCCGUGGGAGCAGUGUAUAGCCCCUGGGCGUAUGAAGCAGUGUGUGAAGAUAGGGGAGGGGACGUUUGGGGAAGUCUUCUCCACCACCAACGCUUCAGGAGACACCGUGGCACUCAAAAUCAUUCCACUAGAGGGCAGCGUGAAGGUGAACGGAGAGGACCAGAAGACUUUUGGAGAGAUUCUACAUGAGAUAAUUAUCUCAAAGGAGCUGAGCAGCCUCAAAGAGAAGCAGCAGAACAAGACUCACGGAUUCAUCGGACUCAACGACCUCCACUGCGUUCAGGGCCGCUACCCUCCACACUUCCUGAGUGCUUGGGACGCCUUCGACCAGCAGAAAGGCUCCGAGAACGACCGACCAGAUUUCUUUGAGACGGAUCAGUUAUUCCUUAUCCUGGAGUUUGAGUUUGGAGGCGCUGACCUGGAGAACAGCAAUGGAACGCUGAGGUCUUUGGCGGUGGCCAAGAGCAUCCUUCAUCAGGUCACUGCUGCCUUGGCUGUUGCUGAGGAGGAGCUCCACUUUGAGCACAGGGACCUCCACUGGGGCAACGUGCUGGUCAAACCCACCAAGGAGAAGACGGAGAGCUUCUACCUGAAGGGAGCGGCCCACUCUGUGGAGACCAAAGGGCUGCUGGUCCGCAUCAUCGACUACUCUCUCUCCAGGCUGGAAAUCGAUGACCUGACGGUGUCCUGUGAUAUCGCCAAUGAUGAGGAGCUCUUCAUGGGCCAGGGGGACUACCAGUUUGACAUCUACAGACUGAUGAGACAGGAGAAUGGAAAUAACUGGAGUGACUACCACCCCCACACCAACGUGCUGUGGCUGCGCUACCUGUGCUCCAAGCUGCUCUCCAUGAAGUACCGGGGCUUGGGAGGGAGGGGCUUCAAGGCCUUGCGAGAGGAGCUCACUCGUUUCCAUGACGACGUCCUCCAGUACAGCUCUGCCACUGACGUGCUGCGAACCUGCCCUAUGUUUCAGUAGUAUUUUAGUGUGAGGAUGCUCACAUCUAGUGUGGUUCGUCUUCAGUGUGCAGUCUGCUUGUCCUCUGACUUAUUGAGACAGUUUUAUUGAUCUCCUUUAAUGUGUUUACACAACUGCCAUUUGUCAAGUUUAUUAAAAUAACCCUUUAAAUAUGAUGUAUACAUGUGUCUUAGAUUUUUCAUUUGAAGUUUAUUUGAUGCCUGAUGCAUUAGCUGCUGCUUUUAUAACUGUUGAAGUCCAUGUGUGUACCUCCUGAACACAUAAAAACUGUAUCAGAAAAGACCACAGCGGUGUGAUACUCCUUUUCUGGUCAACACUGCUGGGGUGUUUUCCAGACAAAGACUUUUAGUGUAGCAGUAUUUAGUUGUGUGUUACACCUGUAACAACUCAAUGCUGAGUAACUGCA